AUGUCCCUCCCACGCACCUUCACCCGUCUCCUUACCAAACGACCACCCACCCACCUCAACCCUUACACCCAAAUCCGCACCAUCAAAGCCGGCGCCGCCUCCUCGGCCAUCGAAUCCCCCUCCACCCUCCCCUCCUACCAUGACCGUCUCGACCAGCCCCCAACUCAACCACCCUCUCAAUCUCAACUCUCCGCAGCCGCAGAACAUCUCAUAACCACCCACCCGCUAGUCCAAUCCCUCCGCUCGAACCCCUCCUACAAAGAGUCCCGUCCCCACCUACACAUGAAACCCUCCCACCGGCCCAAUCACUUCGUCGCGGGCACCCUCUCCGGCGCGAACAAGGUGACGGUGCCGCCGUAUAUGUUCACUUCCAUUGUCAACCCAAACCGAACCCAGAAGCAGAAUGAUGAGGGGAAGGAGGUAAAGGAGUCCCCCCGCGCGCGCCUCAUCUCCGUGUUCCACAUCGGUCCUCAGCUGUGCGGACACCCCGGGUACGUUCACGGAGGCUUGCUGAGCGUGAUGUUCGACGAGGCGUUUGCGCGGUGCGUGUCGGAUUCGUUUAAGAGCGGGUUGGGCAUGACGGCGAACUUGAAUGUGGAUUUCAGGAAGCCGGCGUUGCCGGAACGGGUGUAUGUGCUCAAGGCGGAGACGGUCAAGGUUGAGGGGAGGAAGGCGUGGGUGGAGGGAGAGAUGAGGAGUAUGCCUGCUGAUGGUGCUGAGGGAGAAGGGGAGACAGUAGUGGCGGAGGCGAGGGCGUUGUUUGUGGAGCCGAAGUUUGCGGAGAUAGAUACAUCAGCAGACUAA